AAACUCUCUGCACAUUUUUUUGUGAGAGAGAGGAAGGAGAGAUCCAUUCCUUGCAUAUAUCAGCUUAUGUUGUUAGGGUUGAGAACCCAUAAGAAAAAUACUCAGUCUCCUGAGUUUCUCUUAAUCACAACAUUAAUAGUCCAUUUGGUUAGCUUAUCUUAACUUUUCUGGGUUUCUUUCAUAGAUUUGAGUCAAGAGAAGAAGAGAGAAAGCUUAACAAGAUGUUAGAGCAGAUGACAGAAGAAUCGAUUUCAAAUGGUUUUGUCCAAAAUCCUAUAGCUGGAUCCAAUCCUCCACUUGCAAAGAAGAAGAGAAACCUACCAGGAACACCAGAUCCUGAAGCCGAAGUUAUAGCCUUGUCCCCGAAGACUCUGAUGGCAACCAACAGAUUUUUGUGUGAAAUAUGCGGUAAGGGUUUCCAAAGGGAUCAAAACCUUCAACUUCAUCGGCGAGGCCAUAACCUCCCGUGGAAGCUCAAGCAAAGGACCACAAAAGAAGCUAGAAAGCGCGUCUACGUCUGCCCUGAAAAGACCUGCGUGCAUCACCAUCCUUCAAGGGCUCUCGGGGACCUAACUGGUAUAAAGAAACACUUUUGUCGGAAGCAUGGAGAGAAGAAGUGGAAGUGUGAGAAGUGCUCAAAGCGAUACGCUGUGCAGUCAGAUUGGAAAGCACACUCAAAAACCUGCGGCACCAGGGAGUACAAAUGCGACUGUGGUACUCUAUUUUCAAGGAGAGAUAGCUUCAUCACUCAUAGGGCUUUCUGUGAUGCCUUGGCUGAGGAAACAGCUAGAGUAACUGCAGCUUCCAACAUGCACAGCUUGGCCACUAGCAAUAUCAAUUAUCAUCUUAUGGGGAAUCCGCUAGGACCUGGCAUGGCGCAACAUUUUUCAUCCAUUUUCAAACCGAUUUCAAGCAAUGAUGAAACAUUAGAUCAAACUAGACGUGGACUUUCCUUAUGGAUGGGCCAAGCAUCUCAAGGCCAUGAUGCAAUUGGUAAAAGUCUCCAAGAUAUUCAUCAAUUUGGUUCUGUGAAUGCUGGAUCAAUAUACAGUGAUCCACUAGUUUCAACCUCGAAUGAUCCCGCAUCUGAUUAUCAGUUAAAUUGGGUGUUUGGAAAUAAGGUCUCAUCGAGUAACGCUGAAGAGCUAACUAGCACUUCACUUCCGUUGAACAAUGUCAAGGAAAAUGGAUCUCAGCUUGUGAGUGUUCCUUCAUUAUUUAGCACCCAACACCACCCUCAUCAAACACCAUCCGCAAAUAUGUCCGCCACAGCUUUAUUGCAGAAAGCCGCCCAAAUUGGAGCAACUUCAACUGACACAUCAUUCCUAGGAAGCUUCGCAGCGAAGUGCAGCAACAGUCAAGUUGAAGAUGGAAACAAGUAUAGUGGUCUGUAUGGUUCAAACACACCAGCAACUACUCUAGGAAGUGAUUUAGAAAGUUCAGCAAAUGAUACUUCCACGUUGAAUCAAUUGCAAAUGUACCCUGCAAAACGCCGACACACGCAGAAUGAAGAUAGUGUUGGAGGACAAACAAGAGAUUUUUUGGGUGUUGGUGUACAAGCCAUCUGUCACCCAUCUUCAAUCAAUGGAUGGAUAUGACAUGGCAUGGGAAAUUUCAAGAGUUUGCAUAUUUUCUUGAUGGAAAGCUUGGCUGAUAAUAAAAGUGGAGUUGGAUGUGGAGUCAGAGAGAUGGAAAGGGAGUGACAGAGUUUAGUAUUUGGAGACUUUGCGGGGAAGAAAAGUGGCAUUGAGUGCUUGAUGGAGGCUAAAAGUUUGGUUGGAGAACUAUUGACGGAUGAAGGAGGAGAUCCAUGCAUAUUCUCUUGAACCUUUGAAAGCUGAUCCCUUUAAAAAUUGUGGCUUUUAACUUUGAUUAAAGGGGAUGGAGUGGUGGGGGCAAAGCAAAAACCCCUUUUGAGCUCCAUUAUUGCGUUGUUUCAUCUCUAUUGUGGUUGUUGUCUUGUCAUACUGGAUUUAAAAGAGUAUUUCCAGAUGCAUAAAAGCUUGAUUAUUCUAGUACAAACAGGCCUUGAGCUGUUUC